UGGUAGUUAUAUGACGGAACCCUAAGGAGUGAAUAUGGCAUUGCGACAUCAAACAAUACCAAGAAGUUCAUACAUUGAGGACCCCGAUGAUGAUGAGGAAGACCAAGACGAGGCUGAGAACCUAGACUGGGUGAACAUCAUCUUCCUUCCCUUUCACCCGGUCUUCCGUCUCGUAGUCCUCAUCUCUGUCAUCUUGAGGAUCAAUCUGACUGCUAUAGAGGCCCUCUAUCCGAUCUACUGCAGUGAUGUGAUGAACUCACACGUUUACCUGAUCGUGAUCAAGCACCUCCACGAGUAUUUUUGUGACAUCAUCUAUGGGGUGGACACUCUUCUUCAUAUCAUACACAGAUCUAGGCCUCCUGAUAUAGUUACUGGUCUCCAGAAACCCCAACAAGACUCGUCGCACCCGGAAACGGAUUAUGCUUAG